UUAAUUUAUCUGGCAAGUUAACCUACAGUACAAUUUAUCUAUGACCCCACACUAGACUGUGCUGUAUCGUGGAAGUCAAUGUAAAAGAAAUUAACACUGCUGGUACGGCGAUCAGAGAAAAAAUCAUGGAAGCCAUCUUUAGAAAAUAUCAUGAAGUAUUUUAUGAAAAAGCAGACCCUAGAUGCAAGGAUUGGCCUUUGAUGAGCUCACCGUGGUCUAUUGUGACUAUCAUUGUAACGUAUUUGAUCAUUAUCAAGUUGAUUCUACCUAUGCAUAUGAAGGACAAGAAGCCAUACAACUUAAGGCUUGUAAUGAAGUGGUAUAACAUCAUUCAGAUCCUCGCUAAUGCAGUUGUCUCUUGGGGGAUUUUGACCUCGGGUUGGACUACCACCUAUCACUUUGGUUGCAUGCUCCCGGACUACUCGAUGAAUCCUGAAGCAUUGAGGAUGCUUAGGUUCCUCUGGUGGACAUUGCUGAUUAAAAUAUUCGAAAUGUUGGAGACCAUGUUCUACAUACUGAGAAAGAAGGACCGUCAAGCUUCAUUCUUACAUGUUUACCAUCACAUAAGCACUAUGACUUUCGUCUGGAUGGCUGUAAAAUAUGUGGGAGGUGGAAUUACGUCAUUUUCGCCAAUGCUCAACAACGCGGUACAUGUUAUCAUGUACAGUUACUACUUAUUGUCAGCUGAAGGUAGCCCGAGAACUAAACAGUUCCUCACUAAACACAAGAAAUGGCUCACAACUUUCCAAAUGGUGCAAUUCACUGUAAUCCUGGUGUACUCCUCACAAAUAUUCCUACCAAGCUGUCCAGCACCGCUCGGAGUUGGUAUAAUGUAUAUACCCAAUGUUGUAUUAGUUUAUUAUAUGUUCUACAACUUUUAUAUUAAUAAUUACACAACUAAAUGUAAUGUGAAUGGAAAUAGUGUUAAAACAAAUUAAUUAUUAUGAGAAUUCUUUCUUGAAGACUGACAUUAAAUAUUUAUUGAUUGUUAAUAUUAUUGUAUUAUAUAAUUGUAUAUGUAUUAGAGACGGAUUAAUAAAUCUAUGUGUUAAAA